CAUAUAACGCACAUCCAAGAUGUCCUUCAGAAUACCGUCAUUAAUCCCAAGAGUAUCGGCCUUCGCCAGGCCGUCUCAUAUUGCUCGUCCACUGCGAUCAGCUGUACGACAUGCUUCUACAACACCACCACCUCCACCUCGAUUCCCAAAUUUCCCUAAUGGCAGACCCAGAAUGAGUGCCGAGCAGGCGAAGAACAACGAGAGUUUCAUCUACUACACUCUAUCCGUCUUUAUCGGUGCCUUUGGAGUUACAUACGCCGUCGUCCCGCUGUACCGUCUAAUAUGUCAAACUACUGGAUUUGCUGGAACGCCGAAUACGGACGCCUCCCGCUUCACGCCCGACAAGUUGAUCCCUGUGAAGGAUGCGAAGAGGAUUAAGGUCACCUUCGUCGGUACCGUCUCCGACGCCUUACAGUGGACCUUCACUCCCCAACAACGCGAAGUUCACGUCCUCCCGGGAGAAACCGCUCUAGCAUUCUUCACCGCAACCAACAGAUCUAGCGAAGACAUCAUCGGCAUCGCGACGUACAACGUCAACCCGCAACAAGCCGCACAAUACUUCUCCAAAAUCCAGUGUUUCUGUUUCGAGGAGCAGAGGUUGUUAGCGGGGGAGACUAUAGAUAUGCCGAUCUUCUUCUUUAUUGAUCCGGAUUUCGCGGAUGAUCCGUUGAUGAAGGAUAUUCGGACGGUGACGUUGAGUUACACUUUCUUCAAGGCGAGGUAUGAUAAUGGUAUGUUGGUGCCCGCUACGAAUUAAAGGGGAUGGAUCAGGACGUUGGAGUGCGAAGGGCCGCAUAACGACAGCAUGAGGGAU